UCACUUCAUUUCUUCAAAUACAAUAAACAACAUGCACAUUCACUUCAAUAUCGUAUAUACUAUUCUAAUUCAAUAUUAUAUUCCACUAACUAUAUAAAUACACUUAUACCUUCCUUCAACCCAUUCAAACCGAAAUACAAACACCUUUGUUUUCUCUCUUCAAACUACCAGCUCUAGAUAUAUUAAUUCCAACAAUAUCAAAUUAGGGUUUUAUUUUAUCAUAUUGUGAUGGGAAAUUACGUUUCAUGCACCUUAGCUCCACCAUUGAUGAGGAACGCCAAAGCUACAAGAGUAAUCCUUCCAACCGGAGAAGUCAAGCAAUUCAGAGAAAUCAUGAAAGCCGCGGAGCUUAUGUUAGAGAAUCCAAACUAUUUCUUAGUCAAUUCUCGUUCUCUUCGCAUUUCUACAAGAUUCUCUCCUCUUGUUGCAGACGAAGAGCUGGAACUCGGAAGUGUUUACAUAUUUUUUCCAAUGAGAAGACUCAACUCUGUCGUUACGGGGGCUGACAUGGCGGUGCUCUUUCUGGCGGCAAAUUCUGCUGCGAAACGGUUACGUGCCGGAAAGACACGUGUCCAACCGGACGAGAGUUCGCGUGGUGGUGUUAAUAAUGAUGAAAACGACAGCGUUCCGAGAUUGAGUUUAGAAGGAGUGGAGUCAGGAUUUAGCUAUAGAUUAAGUUAUUGUAGAUCAAAGAAACCUAUUCUGGACACUAUCAAUGAAGAACCAAUUACCUCAAGAUGAUAGGUUUAGGUUAUUACUAUCAAUGUUUCUUGCAAGAGGUUAAUAGAAUUCGUUACAGAAAAAUUUAGGUUUUGAUAGAGAUUAAUUUGGUUGAUUCAUACAAUAAGCUUCAAAAAAUUAUGGGGUUGUAGGUGUGUCAAGAUAUAGUAUCAUUAGUAGGUAAGAAAUAUUCAUUUGUGGACUAAACAAGUUUGCGCGUUAUAAUCAUGCUAUGAUAUUUUAUUGGCAACAUGGGAUGGGGUUUAUAUUUAGUUAAUUGGAUGGACAGUAAAAUAACAUGUACUUUCUCGUUCUUGCUUUGUCUUAAAGAAGAUUUAAGUGUAAAUCAUUCAAAAGGAUAAACUGCUUUUUUGGACGGAUUCAAAAGGAUUGUCUUAGACUUUGUAAUAAAAUUAUAAUAAAAUAAAGAAAUAGAUGCUCAACAACUCCUAAGUUUUGCCUCUUACUUGUUAUCA